ACUUUUUAUAUUUACGUUGUAUAAAAGUGGAAAAAUAGACUGAUUAAAAGUUCGAAGGGUUGAUGAUGAUGGUUAGAUUUUCACGAGUUUAAAGGGAUUUUUCGAUCGAGUAAAGAUUCUGUGGAUGUCAGAAGGGGAGUGUUAGCGUCAGCAGUGGAUAUUAUCGUGAGAACGAUUCUGUAAGCAAUAAGCAAUACGUUCUCGUCUUGUUGGGUUUUUUUGUCGCCUUGUCGAGUGUCAGAUUGGAUCGCACCAGCUCGUCCGGCCUUUUCCGCUUUUAGCCGAAAAGCACUUGACGCACCGUUCGCCGCAAGACGGACAAAACGAUAAGAAAGCCGUAACGGCCGUGUUUUUCCUCCGCCAAGUGUCAAACCACGCCCUGAAAAUAGGCCUCUCGGAUACGGCUAUUAUGGACAUGAUGAUAUCGAAUCUACAUCAACAGAGGCAAGUGACGGAGCAGUUGAGGCGAGAGGCUGCCAUCAGGCGGAUCAACGUCUCCCAGGCGGUCCAAGACAUCAUGAAGUACAUAAGCGAGCACGAACAGGAGGACUGCCUCCUCGUCGGAUUCAGCUCACAGAAAGCCAACCCUUUCAAGGAGAAAAGCAACUGCACGCUUUUUUAGUGACCGCAUCCAGUCUGGUCAAAUGAAAUCAAAUCCCUUAUUAAUCAUUUGUGAGUCUUUUUGAUGUCGUAAUAUCCCCGUGAAGUACGGAAACUGUAACCCGAAGCUGUUACUGCCUCUCUCUCUUUCUCCUUACCCUAAAUGACAAAUGUCUCAUCUAUUCUUAAUAUAUAUGCUAUAAUUUUCUAUUAACGAGAUAAAAGGUUCUAUAAAGUAUAAUGUAUCUAUUUAUUUUAUUUUGAUGUCAAUGUGAACCAAAAUAAUAAGUGUUCGUACCAAAA